UUAUUAUAUUUAUAAUUAUAUCAAAAGUAUUCAUCUAAUCAUUUAUGUAUUAUCCAUAUACUCAAGGUUAUAUUUAUUUUAUGGGCAUAAUAAUUAUUGUGAACAGAUGUGGAUUCUGAUUUUUCUACUAAGAAUAAUUUAGUCUAUUAAGUACCAAGUUUAGAAAAUAAUGGACACUUCGUCAAAAGCUAAUAGUAACAAUUUGGAACAUGCUAUAGCAGGAGGUGUUAGUAGUUUUGUAACACGGUUUGCUUGUCAACCUUUCGAUGUUGUGAAAAUUAGAUUUCAGUUACAAGUUGAACCUAUUGCUAACCAUCAUGUUAGUAAAUAUCACUCUUUACUACAAGCAUUUUACUUAAUAUUUAAGGAAGAAGGUAUUUCAGCUUUUUGGAAAGGACAUGUACCUGCUCAAUUACUUUCAGUUAUAUACGGGACUAGCCAGUUUUAUUCAUAUAAUGUGCUUAUACAUAAGCUUCAUAAUUUUUCAUUACUAAAUGAAUGGAAAUAUUCAACAAAGUUUGUAGCUGGUGCAGGUGCUGGUUUUAUAGCUACAACUAUAUCAUUUCCUUUCGAUACAUUAAGAACCAGAUUAGUAGCACAAUCAAAUAAUCAUGUAAUCUAUAAAGGAAUUUGUCAUUCUUGCAGUUGUAUAAUACGACAUGAAUCUCCAAAGGCUCUUUUUUAUGGAUUAUUACCGACUUUAUUGCAAAUUGUGCCACAUGCAGGUUUUCAAUUUGCAUUUUAUACAUUUUUCAGUGAUAUGUAUAAGAAAUAUUACGAUGAAACUGAUACUAGUUUUUUCAAUUCUGUAAUAUCUGGUAGUACAGCUGGUCUAUUAGCUAAAACUGCAGUAUAUCCAUUUGAUCUUAGUAGGAAAAGGUUACAAAUACAAGGAUUCAAAAAUGGUAGAAAAGGUUUUGGUACUUUUUUUGAAUGUAAAGGACUUAUAGAUUGUUUAAAAUUAACUAUAAGAAAGGAAGGAGUGAAAGGACUAUUUAAAGGUUUAGUACCAUCUCAAUUGAAAGCUAGUAUGACAACAGCAUUGCAUUUUACGAUAUAUGAGCAAAGCUUAAUAGUGUUAAGAGCCUUGAGAUUAUAUAUUUCGGAAUAGUGAAGUUAU